UGGGAUCGUUACUCAGCCCCGGGUCUCUGUCUCAACUCAGUCGAGGGGAUUAGUGAAAAAGAGCCUCUUCUCUCCUCUCACCUCCUCUCCUCCCAUGUAGGACAUGCUAUGACCGCCUCGUUACUCCUCGGCUCGCCCUGGAUCGACCCAGUCAUGUUCCUCUACGACGGCGGCGCACAGGAGGAGAGAAGCAAGAACAUGGAAGGUUUCACCGGUGGGAACUUCGCAGCGAACCAGUGCAGGAACCUUUUGGCGCAUCCGACCUCUCUGGCUCCCAGCACCACCUAUGCUCCCAGCGAGGGGCCAGUGUCCAGCGUGGGGGAAUCUGGCAAACAGUGCAGCCCCUGCUCUGCAACUCAAAGCUCACCUAACGCCUCUCUGCCCUACGGAUACUUUGGCAGCGGUUAUUACCCGUGCAGAGUGUCACACGGCGGCGUCAAGGCGUGCUCUCAGCCCUCCGGUUAUGGAGACAAAUACGCGGACUCCUCAGUUUCAGGUGAGGAGUUCUCCACCCGGGCGAAGGAGUUUGCCUUCUACCAGGGUUAUUCCUCCAGCCCCUAUCAGCCCAGCUACCUGGAUGUGCCGGUGGUCCCUGCACUCAGUGCGCCAUCGGAGCCAAGAGAGUCUCUGUUGCCCAUGGAGCCCUAUCAGCCCUGGACCAUCACCAACGGGUGGAGUGGACAAGUUUACUGCACCAAGGAACAGACGCAGGCAAACUCUCUAUGGAAAUCCUCAUUACAAGACUCUUUAUCCGGUGGUGUGGACAAUUCAGUCCGCCGAGGAAGAAAGAAACGCGUACCAUACACUAAGGUGCAACUUAAAGAACUGGAGAGGGAGUACGCCACCAACAAAUUCAUCACCAAGGACAAAAGGAGGCGAAUAUCCGCGCAGACGAACCUGACAGAGAGACAAGUGACGAUUUGGUUCCAGAACAGGCGCGUAAAGGAGAAAAAAGUUGUCAAUAAGUUCAAGAGCUCCACUUAGCUCUGGAGACAUUCCCAGGAGUCGGGUGCGUUUUCAUCAGAGGUGAAAAAAGAAGAAAAAAAAAAGACAGAAAACUGUGCUAUAAUUUAUUCCAUUUAUGAACUGUUACACAGUCUCCCCAGAGCGGCUCUGGUUUGAACUAUAACUUCUCCUUCCUCGUUUUAAUUGGAACCAUUCCGUGGGGCCUGUUCGUGGAAGGUCGGAAGUGAUAAGAGUUUGGGGCGAUUUUGUGUGGAAUGACUCAGUGUUCAUCAUCUGCAUUAAAGGGGUUCAACGGCGGAAAAUUGUGCGCAUUUUUCUUUUCCCCAUGAGGAGCGCAUGGAAUAAUAAAUGUAACAGGUUUUGGUUUAAGACUGUGGGGAGGAAUGACUAAAGCAGACUGUCCGAAGAUUUUUCAAUUGCAUAUUUGGUUCCAAUCCCUGUUGGUGAAAUUUGAUUUUUUCUUAAAAACCCACUUCUUUCAGGAUAUGUGCUCAUUCUCAGUUACUUAUUAAAUAAAACUUUAUCAAGACUU